AUGCGUGAAGCUGACAGCUUUCGUAGCAUCAGUUUUUCGACUCCAGUGACUCAUCUCCCCCAACUUGCGAUUCUCAAGCUUCUGAAACAGGUCAAAGAGAGCAAGAUACACAAACCUGGACCACUUGGAUAUAUUCAUUCCGUUGAGUGCGAAUUAGGGACUAGAAACGGAUCCGCUCUCCAGCAAAGGUCAUGCCAUGACAUGCAAUACUUCUUAAUUUGUGCUCUGUUAGGCUACGCCGCUGCCAUUGAAAUGUUCGGCAGAGACCAGUCUUCAGCGGUCAAAGGACGGUUAAUGUGCGACGGAAGGCCUGCUGUCGGUGUAAAGGUUAAGCUGUGGGAUGUUGACCGAACGGACGCAGAUGAUCUUAUGGACGAGAAAUUCACAGACACAAACGGUGAAUUCCAUCUGGCUGGAUGGACGAAAGAGUACACUACCAUUGAUCCGAAACUCAGCAUCUAUCAUGAUUGCAACGAUGGUAUCAAGCCCUGUCAACGGAAGUUCUCCAUCCUCAUUCCAGACAGUUACGUGAGCUCCGGAAAGGUACCAAAGAAGGUUUACGAUGCUGGUACAAUUCAACUGGCCGGUUCAUUCCCCGGUGAAAGCCGAGAUUGCAUCAACUAG